CACGUAAGGAUACAUCAUUCGCGUGCAUGUUUUGUGACCGUUGUGUGAGAUAUAAGAACUCUUUUUACUCGCGCCUAAAUCGCAGCAGGCAAAAUGCAACUAAUCCUUCUCAUAUUUUCUACGAUUCUACCGUUCGUAACAUGGACACUUGAGAUACAUCCUAGGUAUAAUGAAAUAAUACAGAACGAUGAGAACAGUUCUCAAAAAGAUCUUCAAAUCAAUCAGACAAAAGCCAUAGAAAUGUAUUCUAUGGCCUUGAUGAGUUCGUUCUGGUUCUUUGAAGCACAGCGUUCUGGUAAGAUGCCGUUAAACAACAGGAUUCCAUGGCGAGGCGAUUCCAUGUUGCACGAUCACGGCUAUCUCGGAGAAAAUCUAAGCGGAGGAUAUUACAAUUCCGGACUCACGUAUGUUAAAUAUGUUUUCCCAACGGCUUUCACGACGACGAUGUUGGCAUGGGGUCUGCUCACCUGGACGGAGGCUUAUAGAAACGCGGGCCAAUUAGAAAUAGUUCGUGAAAAUAUUAAGUGGGCUAGUGAUUAUUUUAUAAAAUGUCAUCCACAAGAGGAAUUAUUUUAUGUACAAGUAGGUGAUGAAAUGUUUGAACGUAGAGUUUACGGAAGAUUGGAACAGAUGAUAUACAAGAGGCCAGCGUACGCGGCUAAUUCUACCAAUCCCGCAACUGAUAUUCUCGGUGAGGUAGUAGCCGCAUUGGCAGCCACGAGCCUUGUGUUUAAAACCAUUUUUGACGACACGCGGUACAGCGAUACGUGUCUCACUCAUGCCAAACAAUUGUAUAAACUCGCAUUGAAGUACAAAGGCUCUCAUUACGAUUGGAUGCCUAAUAUUUACGGUUACGAAAUAAAUAGUUAUAGCUAUCACGACGAUCUGGCAUGGAGUGGUCUGUGGCUCAGCAGAGCAACUACGGACUCCAAUUAUUUUCAUGAUGCUCAGCACUAUUACGAGGAAUACAAUCUUGCGACUAACAAUACAAUAUUCAACUAUUACAACAAAGUACCCGGUAUUGAGGUGCUGUUCAACCAGAUAAUAUCGUAUCCAAAAUCCCCACAUACGAAAGCUGUCCAUAGAUAUCUCGAUACAUUGAUAAAUAAUGUGACGCGCACGAAAAAAGGACUCGCGUUCUUCUCUGACGAUGAUACUCUUUCUCUCGCAGCCAAUGCAGCCUUUCUCUGCUUGAUAGCGUUAUCGUCUAACAACAAGAUGAAUUUAUCGCACAAAUAUUACGAUUUUGCCAAAGAACAAAUCGAUUAUAUACUAGGCAUGAAAACAGAAAGAGAUUACGUGGUUGGACUUACCAGUAAGUCGCCAACUCAAAUACCUCACAAGGCGUCUUCGUGUCCAAAAUGGCCAGCUAAUUGUGGACACACAAAAAUGAUGAGUAAUGAACCGAAUCAUGAGAUUCUUUACGGUGCUUUGGUCAAUGGGCCGGAUGUGCAUGACCAUUUCGUUGAUAUUCGAUUCAACAAAACGGAUAAAGCGUACACGAAGAUUCGUAUAGACUACAACGCGGGAUUUACUGGCGCGCUCGCUGGAUUAUUACAAUUAGAUGUCACAUGGAACAGGGAUAUUUCGUCUACCUCGUCUACGCAGAGGAUAUCUAAUCGCACAUUGGAUUAUAACUCUAUUAUGUGGAAAAGGAUAAUGAGAACAUAAGAUGAUAAUGACACAAGAUGGUUUUAAUGUAAAAAAAUUUACGUUUUUAAGUAAAGAUUGCUUCAAUUUUAGCGCGACAGAUUCUCUUUAUAUAAUCACAGACCGUGUGUGACGGAAAAAAAGACACUGAAUUAUUAAAGCGCUCGGAUGUUUUUAUUUUUUUUUUUUUACGAGAACGAUACAAAUUGCUAUGCGAGUCUCUCAUUUCUGUAAAUGUUCUACCGAUGUGAUCCAUAAAAUGGGAGUUUAUAUCUGACAAUGAGUAACACAUUUUGUUUUUAGAUGUAACGUAUUUUAUAUAGAAAAUUAUAUGUGAUAUUAAAAUGC